CGCCAGGCCCGGCACCGGCCUUCUGCCCGCCGAACCCCGGGAGUGUAUAAACCGAGCCGGGUCGCUUCCAAUUCCCCAUCCCAUCCUCCUUCAGUCUCAGUCACGAACCCUCUUAAACCACCAUGGAUCCGUCAGCGACAAUUGACCCGGCGACCGGCCAGCCCCUCCCUCCAGACGCGAUCGUGCGCGUGCUCCACAUCACCCCCAAAGUCCACGUCUACACCAUCCCGCGCGGCGCCGUCGCCACCGCCGCAGGCUACGCGGCCUCGUCCUGGACCGCCGACCCGCGCAACCACAUCUUCACCGCGCGCCUGCGCGUGCUCGAGACCUCCUUCACCACCUCCAGCCCCUCGCCGACCGCGUCCCCCUCCCGGACAACAACAACAACAGCAGAAGAAGCCACCGCCGCCGUCGACACCGACGGCACCGGCUCGACGACGCUAAAAGUUGACAUCCUGCUCGAGGACCCGACCAGCGGCGCGCUGUUCGCGGCGGCGCCCUACACCGCGCCAGCGGCGGUCGAGCCGGCGACCGACAGCAGCCGGUUCUUUGCCGUGCGCGUGCGCGACCCGACGGGGCGGCAGAAGGCCACGCUCGGCGUCGGCUUCGAGGAGCGCGGCGAGGCGUUCGACUUCGGCGUCGCCCUGCAGGAGGCCGGGCGCGUGCUCGGGUGGGGUGGGGCCCAUGGGGGUGGGAAGGGGCAACAGGGGAAGGGGGGUGGGCAAGGGAAGGGAGUGGUGCAACAACGGGGCGGAGGGGUAAGAGGGGACGGGGAGGAGGAGGAAGAGCAGGGGAGGAGGGAUCUGAGUUUGAAGGAGGGAGAGACCAUCACGGUGAAUCUGAGCGGGACGAGGUUUGGGCGGCGGGUGGCUGCGGGGCAGUCGUCGCAGGGAGGGGGAGGGAAGACGGAAGAGGAGGGGAAGAGCCUGGCUGCGUUUGCGCUGCCGCCGCCGCCGCCGCCGAGCGCGAGGGAGGCGCGGGCGCAGAAGAGGUUGAGCGCGCAGCAAUUGGGGUUUGAUGACGGGCAGUUUGGGGAGUUUGCUUGAUGAUGGGUGGCCUUAUUUUUUGGUUGUCUUGUGUCUGUCGUUGUCCAGAGCCUGGUUUGGCUUUGGAGGACCGUCCCGCGAAUACCCACCCCAUGUACGUACACCUGUAAUUGAGAGCCGGCACAAUCUCAUGGCUAUAAGAAAACAUAUGCGAGAACCUGGAAAUCUCCCGCCGACGGCGUCCCUACCCCGCCAUCGACUGCAAGCUGUUCCUGCGCGACCUGGACCACAUGCUCUUGAGGUACGGCACGCUCAGCCGCUUGU